AUGUCUUCCCAAGCUAGUGUCCAAUCCUCAACACAGGAGCAGUCACAACAAUCAAACAACGAAGCUCGGCCUUCGUUUAGAUCGUAUGAUGACGUUGUUAUUGAGGAUUACCCAGACAAAGAAUCCUCCGAUUCACAAAUUACUUACACUGAACAAGACGUCGAUUUUGCAGACGAUACAGACUUCGAGUACAUGUUUUCUUCAACACAAGUCCCAUUUGUCGGAUCAUUUGUCGAAAACUUUAUGUACAAUGAGAUUCUUGUUUAA